AUGUUUCCAACAGUUUCACAGUUGGAUGGUUUUACUGAUGUUUUCGGUGAAACAAUUGAUGAAGUUGCUGAUGAGAACUUCUCGCAACCUCUUUCUUUACCUACCACGUCUGAUACUCCUGAAUCUAACGGAAUUAAUUCGAAUGAGGUGGAAACUAUUCGACCUGCGAAACAUACUGGUCAACAUGGAGAGUUUAGGAGUGUCGAAGAAAUACAUCCGAAAUAUAGGUGUUUAUUUACGUAUCCCUAUUUCAAUUUGGUGCAGUCUAGGAUCAUAGAAGAUGCCUUAUAUUCAGAUAAGUCGCUGGUGGUAUGCGCCCCAACAGGCUCGGGGAAGACCGUGGUAUUCGAACUGGCCAUUCUACAGCUACUUAUGCAUAUGGAAGACACACAUAAUAAUGGAGACUUCAAGAUCAUCUACAUGGCACCAGUAAAAGCGGUAUGCAACGAACGCCUAACGGAAUGGUACCCGAAGCUUACGAAAUUAGGGCUCCUCUGUAUUGAAGUCACUGGCGACACGGAAGUGGACUUCUCGCAACUAAGUCCAUACAGGGUAAUAAUAACCACGCCAGAAAAAUGGGACAUGCUGACCCGUCGCUGGCGCGACCACCGCGGGUUGGUCGAGAUGAUAAAGUUAUUCCUCAUCGACGAAGUGCACAUACUCAACGAUGAAACCAGAGGACCCGUGUUAGAAGCGGUUGUUAGCCGAAUGAAGACGGUUGAGUCGGCAGCUCAGUCAGCGCACCGUAUAGAGCAACUCCAGCAGCAGUAUCAAGGAGCUGAGCCUACUUGUAGCGUUCCUCCGAGCAUCAGAUUCGUUGCCGUUUCUGCCACGGUCAGCAAUCCUGAAGACGUAGCCGAUUGGCUUAGGACAGACGAGAAACCUGCGGUAUUUCAUAGAUUUGGAGACGAAUGCCGUCCAGUAAAGUUAAAGCGAAUAGUGGAAGGUUAUGCAUGCGCUGAAGGUACCAGCAUAUUUAAAUUUGACCUCAUCCUGAACUACAAAUUGUGGCCUAUCAUCCAGAAAUACUAUGAUGGGAAACCUACUCUGAUAUUUUGUAACACGCGGAAGAGCGUCGCGCUGACUGCAGAAGCUUUGUCAAGAGAGGUGACCGUCAGUUUUAGUCCCGAACAGAAAGCGAAGCUCACGGCGCUAGCUUCUACUUUGAAAAAUAAGAAAUUACAGAUGCUGGCAAUGAGCGGUGUUGGAUGCCAUCACGCAGGAUUGCUGUAUGAAGAGAGAAUAAACAUCGAACGUGCCUUUCGCAACAGAGACCUACCCAUACUCAUCACUACUACUACUUUAGCAAUGGGCGUGAACUUACCAGCUCAUCUUGUGAUUGUGAAGAAUACUCAGCAAUACGUAAAUGGAGCAUAUCAGGAAUACAGCAUCAGCACAGUUCUGCAGAUGGUGGGACGCGCCGGGCGCCCGCAGUUCGACACGGAGGCCACCGCCGUCAUCAUGACCCGGCUACAAGACAAGCCCCGUUACCAAGCACUCGUGGGCGGCAGCGAGCCCCUACAAAGCUACCUCCACAAACGCUUAGCAGAAAACCUGAACAGCGAAGCUGCACUGGGCACUGUCACAGAUGUAGCCCAGUGUGUAGAGUGGCUCCGCUCCACUUUCCUGUACGUCAGAGCAGCCAAAGAUCCGAAGAGAUACCUGGGAUUGCCACCGGGUGCCCCGCAGCAACUUAUUUUGAAGAAAAUUGAAGAACUAUGCGUGAAAGCCAUGAACAGUUUAGCGAGCUCGGGCCUGAUUACAAUGGAUGAGGCCUGCUUCAUAGAAUCCACUGAAGCUGGGCGUUUGAUGUCCCUGUUUUAUAUGGACGUGGAAACCAUGAAGAACAUUAUGAAGAUCGAAGGCUCAGAAACUCUCGAGCGCCUACUGUAUAUCGUCUGCGAAAGCCACGAACUUGCGGAUAUGCACCUCCGCGUAGACGAGCGGAGGUGCCUUAAUCUACUGAACAGGAAUAACAAGGCAGCAACAAUCAGAUUCCCAAUGAAGGGAAAAAUAAGUACUAGACAAAUGAAGCUGAAUUGCAUCAUCCAGGCUACUUUAGGAUGUCUGCCCAUCCCCGAACCAGCGUUGAACCAAGAAGCUAUAAAAGUCAUGAGAACGGCAUCCAGGGUCUGCAAAUGUUUAGUGAAAUGCAUAACACGUCCAGAACUUCCCCCACAACCUAAGACCUUCUCAGCCGUUUUAAACUCGAUCAUCCUAUCCAAAUGCAUCGAGGCGCAUCUGUGGGAGAAUUCUCCAUACGUUAGCAAGCAGCUGAAGGGCAUCGGGCCUACGUUCAGUACGCUACUGGCUAGCGCUGGGGUUACAAGUUUUAUGCUGUUGGAGGAAAGUCAUCCUAGAGACUUGGAAAGGAUAAUGAACAAAGGCCCACCAGCCGGAAACAUAAUACGAAAGCAAGUCAGCCUCCUACCGAAAUAUAAAUUAACCGUAACACCAAUCGACGCCCGAUCAGUAACCAUUCAACUGAUGCUGCUAAAUCACAAUCAUCUAUCUGAGAACAUGGACCAGCUUACAGCGGGCGACAGCCAUAAGAGUUACUUGAUCGUUGGGGAUUCGGAAAACUAUCUGUUGUUGCUGACUCAAUUCACUGAUAAGGACUUCAUAAGCGUCUAUGAUGGAACAAUGAAAUAUGAAGUUACAAGAAAACUCCAAAGUGAACAUAAAAUAUUGAUCCACUGCGUGAGUUCUGUCAUAGUUGGCAUCGACGUGCAAGCUGAUUAUUUAUUUCUUGACUUGGAACCGCAAGCACAACGUGAAAGUGACCAUGCUCUUUGGUCUAAUUCAAACACACCCAGGACAAAUUUUGCAUCAAAGCAAACUGCCAUCACAGAUGUAUACAAAGAACGAAAGCGGAAAAACGAUUCUGACAUUACGCAAUGUAAAGAAAAAAAGAAACGAGAAUUUACUUUGACACAAAAACUUAAAGCACUAAAAGAGUCGUUUUGUAAAACUUCAAAGACGUUAAAAACUGAUAUAGAUAAAACAGUAGAAAUGUCGAACAAAGUUAUACAUGACUUGCUGGACGGCAGAAAUAGGCCCCGAAUUCCAGAGAAUAACCAAGUAAUCACUGAAGUAGCUGAUGAAUUUCCUACGGUUGAUCUAACAAAAGGCAUUAUAGAUGGCUCAAAUAAUAGACCCAGUUUUUCAGAAAACAGUCUCGUAGUGGAGUAUCCAACUGUAGAUCUCACUAAAAAUGUAGUAGCCGACCAAUUGGAAGAAUUAACAAUUGAUGAGAACUAUGACUACAAUGAUUUACAGAUUGACAGUAUAUUCAACAGUAUAUUCAACAAGAUAGAAUCUGAAAUUUCAGCGAAUGAUCCUAUUUCUAAUAAUAUGCAAUAUAAUAAUGUUUCUGAUACUAAGGUUUCAAAGCAGCCUUAUGUACAUUUUAAUGCGAGACCAAUGGCAGAAGCUCAAAAAGUGGAACUGAAAUAUAGGAAUAUGAAUAACACACAAUAUUUGACAAAUAAAUGCAGCCGAUGUGCUAGAAACUUCAAUAAACGUAAAAAUUUAAAAUCCAAUUUCAGUGUUUUAGAUUUAAUAGAAAAGAAAGCGAACACUGCUGAUGACAACAUUGAAAAGAAUUUUGACAAAAGCAUUGAUAGUGGAUUUUCUGAUGCAAUUAAAUCUCAAAUAAAUAAGUUCUUACAGCGGGUACAAAAUACAACUAAACCUAAAAGGCCAGUAAUAGAUGAGCUGCUUGAUAAUUCAAUGGCCGAAAAACUACCAGAAGUAUUUGUCGACGGUUAUAGACAAGAAAAUACUACUUGCAGCAAAUCAAACAAUGAGAUACAAUGUGGCGAAAUAAAAAUUCAGGCUAAAGAUAUGCCGCAAAACGUUGAUAAAUGUACAUAUGAACAACCUGAUGUAAAUGAUGAAAACUAUGAUUUUGAAGAAAAUCUCGACUUACCAGAAGUACAUUUUAAGACUGUACAAUUUAUAGAAUCCAAUCAAUAUGAACGAAAACAUGAUCAAACCUUCGACAAUAGAACUGUAGAAUAUGACAAAAUGGAUAUUUAUGACAAUAAACAAGAAACGAAUAAGCCUGACGAUAGUAAUAAUUUUAACGCAAUAUAUCCACCUGUGCCUCUAAAUACUAACUUGAAACAUAAGCCAAUUUCAAACCAAAACCUUGCGCUUGCUUCUAAUAUUACGAGAGAUAAUAGCAUACUAGGCAAUCCAUUGCAAACUACGACAAUAAAUGAGUCAAAACAAAAGAACUCAGAAAAAGCUAAUGUGACUCCUGAGCUAACUUUAGAACUGAACCAAUAUGCAGAAAACCAAGCACAUAGCAUUGACUAUGGCGCAAAUAGCGCCAAUUUGGUUUUAAUAGACCAAAUUAGAGCUAUAGAUGCUAGUAAUGAUUUGAGGAAAAACGAAAAUUUGACGAGGAAUAUUAAUCGUCCUUGUGAUUAUUACAAUGUCCCAAGUGUAGGUAAUAAAAAAUCUUGCCCUCCGGAUAUAAAACAAGUUAAACAAGAAAAGCAUGAAAAUUUUAACAAUCAAAAGGAAACCUAUUUUAACCGAUUCUCUUACACUGCAACAAAAGUAGAUGUCUGCACAAAAAAAUAUGCUCCCGACCACGAACUCCGAAUUACAAGAAAACUAAAGUUAGAUGUAGAUGUAACAGAAAUAAUGAAACAGGGCAAUACCAAUCAGACCAAUGAAGGUUAUAAUGGAGAUACUUAUAAAGGUCACGAUGGCAUGAAACCAAAACAAGACAAUGAAAAUGUAUGCGAAAAUGUCACUGUAGAAAAUAUGACUAAUAAAAAUGAACAAACGAAUGAUGAUGACGUCAUUGUAACCAAUAAACGUCACGUCAUUGUAAAUGAAAAUAGUAAUGCAAGAAAGAUUAUACAAGAAAGUAUCGAAGAAAAACCAAAGUAUUCAGCAACAAAUAACGGUAUCGGGAAUAUUUUACAAAAAUACAGUAAAAUAUUAGUCAAACCUGAAACAUCUACACCGUCUUUUAACAAGAUUAAUAAGAAAGCUGACACCACAAGCACUAAAACUAUUGAGCACACCAUAUCCAAACCCAGAAAACCGUUUAAAAUCACCGAUAUUAAUGGUGUAGAGAUGCCUUUAUCUAUCGAUAUAACAAACACCAAUAAGCCAGUUGUUAGUAGUCAGAUCGAACCGGUUGCAACAGCUAAAAGAAUCAAAGUUGAAACUAAAGAAAAUAUAGAAUUGUAUAAACCAGAAGAUAUUAAUGUGAUCCCUGAAACUAACUUCAAAAAUAAAACAGUUGACUACAAUAAAUCUUUCGAAUCGCCUGUUUUGGCCCACAGUUUAAAAUUGGACUCAAUAGGAGAUAUUAAGAACGAAAAUAUAUUCAACCCAAAACAAGAUAUGAAAGACGAAAGUAUGUUUAAUCCAAAAUUACUAUUACAAUACUGUACUGAAAGUAAUGAAGACACUGAUAUAAUCUCUCCGCCAGCUGGUUUUAGUGAUGAUCCGCCUGUCUAUUCCCCUAUAGCUAGUCAAGAAAUUACAGAAUGUUACACCUUUAAUGAUCAAAUGGAAGAUAUGGAAGAUAACUUCAAUAGCGCUGCCUUAGAAUCAGAUUUGCAAUCUCCUAAAGAAAUGGAAACAUGGUGUUUAUCCAAAAACGACGAAACAUAUCAGUCACCAAUGCGAUCAGCUCCUUGGGUCAUUUCACAACGGGCACAUACUAAUUUAGGUGCAAGACGCGAUAAGUUGUGCCAGUUUAAGUUUGUAAGGAAAAAGCCGUAUAGGCCUAAAUGAGUGAUUUGAAUGAUUUGAAAUAAAAGUUCUUAAA